AUGCAGGCCCUCUUCGCUCCGCUUAUCCAUGUUCGCCCCUCUCCCUCCCCUCUCCUCUCUCCCCGUUCUUUUGGAACACAAUCCAGACAUCGCUGUAUGUGUCCUCCCUCAUCCUCCCUCGCACUCCCUCUUCGUGCUUCAUCUAUCCCUCUCCCUCUUUCCCAUUUUUGUUAUCUUCCUCUAUCCCGCUCCUUCCUUCCCCUCUCUCCUCCAUCACUCUUCCCCCAGCCUCUACCUCUAGUAGAACACAACCCAGACAUUGCUGCAUGUGCGCUUACUCUGCUGCUGGCAUCUCAGCCGGCUUUCGAGUACCUGGAGGUGUUGUCUCAAUUACCCCUCACCCUGCACUCACUCGAGGUGGUGAGCCGAGUGGCAAAGGCCGUUGACUUGCCGCCCGAUUUCAUCCACUCAUACGUCAGCCACUGCAUGCGGUGCUGUGAGGAGACCAAGGAUAAGAGCAUGCAGAAUCGCCUUGUGCGGAUCGUUUGCAUCUUCCUACUGAGUCUCAUCCGCGAUAACAUCAUCAAUGUGGAGGCGCUUUUCAUUGAGAUGCAGGCAUUCUGUAUCGAGUAUUCGCGGGUCAGGGAAGCAGCAGCCCUCUUCCGCAUGCUCAAAUCCCUCGAGUGA